UCGUUUGCUUCCUUUCACAAAAGUGAAGUGUUCAUCAUUCUCUGCAGUCGUGAAAAUUUUUUGCUCCUCGUUUCCGAGUGCUCGGUCAUCGUCGUAGUGGUUUUUGGCGUGUUCAUAAUCUGCCUCCGUACCGGAAACGGUCCACGGUAUGUGCGUUACGGUUGUCCGUGGUCUAGUUCAGUGUCCAGGGAAAACAAAGUGGCAUUUUGGGCAGAGCGUAGAAAGAAUCCGAAAAUGUUAAUUGAUCUGUAAGAUAGAUACAGUUGAGGACGUGCGAACGAGAAAGCAGAGCGAAAGACGUUCACACUUACAAACACGUCGACAUUGUCUGCUGACAGUGCUGCAGUGGCCAGAACAACUCGUUUGUGACCUAUCGUGACAACGUUUCAGACAACCAUCGACCAUAGUCUGGUGCAGACCAGGGGAACAGUGUUCAUUCAGCAACCAACGUGCAGUACAAUUACCCAACGUCAACAAACGGCGGUGUGUUGUGUUGUGUCACAAGACCGACCGCUGUUGCCAAUCAGUGCUGCCAUCCUUUCGUAGCACAACCACCCUGAAGAUUGUUAAUGUUCCCAUGUACGAAACGAAGAUAGUACCCUGCGUCUGACUGUGUCAUUUUAUUUGAUAGUGCGAGUGUCUGAGUUUAAGUCAUAAAUCGUAAGAAAAAAGAAGUCGAAGAGUAGCUGAGAGGUAAAAAUGGGAAAAAGUGUACUGCACGUUGAUGGUCUUUGCAGUUUUAUUCAUUCAUGAGAAAGAAAUUUACAGUUUCCACUAGUUAGGGCAAUAUCAGAAGAUAACAAAGUCAGCAGUUUGGGAUAAAAGUAAAGUUGUUUUCAUGAAACAAGUAAAAAAAAUCGACCGAAAUUUCAUGUGCUAUCGGGAAUAAAAAAGAAAGAGUUACUUCAAAGUAAAUAGUUGAAAUAAUAAAAAAUACGCGGAAAACACAUCCAUAAGUGAGCGCAGUAGUGUGUGAUGUUAUUGUAAUACAACGGCGGCAUGGCUUAAUCUGCGCCAUACCUAUCGACCGCUUAUUUUGAAGGUUUUGGUGUACCCACUACCAGAAAACGAGAAAGGCAAAAAUCGAAGAUAGACACACGGAAAAGCUGGCGAAGGAAAGAAUAGCAUAGAUGCGAUAGCGGUACAUAAAUGCAAAGUGUGAUUGAAAACAGGAGGCACAGAUUUGCGGCCACCGCACUGUACGAACAGUAGGUGAAAAAUGAACAAGUUGGAAUAUUCGCGACGGAAUGGCACUCAAAAGAUACGAAUCACAAUUCUUUGCGCCCGUAACCUGGCCCGGAAGGAUAUUUUUCGUCUGCCGCACCCGUUCGCUAAAAUCCGAGUCGAUGGGACACCUCAGGAGUACAAAACGGAAAUUUGCAAAGCAUCGCUGGAGCCCAGGUGGAACACUCACUAUGAUUUAUACCUUGGGAAAAACGAUAACAUCACGAUAACAAUUUGGGAUCAUCGUAAAGUACAGAAGCGGCAGGGUUCUGGCUUUCUGGGAUGUGUGCGUAUUGUAGCCGGCACAAUUCCAAGGCUUACGAAUGCUGGAUUCCAACGAUUAGAUUUAUGCAAAGCCUCGCAAGAUGAUACGGAUUUGGUGAAGGGUCAGAUUAUCGUUUCACUCAUGUCCCGAGAUGGUACCACAGGGGGCACUCCAUUAGCUAUAGUAGGUCCUGCUGGAGACAUACGGGGUCCCGAUGACGACGAGGAAAUUGUCCAAGGUGAGCUACCCGCUGGAUGGGAAGAGCGCUUGACGCAAGCUGGCCGUGUCUACUAUGUGAAUCAUGUCACCAAAACAACCCAGUGGUCUCGCCCAACGGAACCGGCCGGUUCGGUACCAGUGGCAUUAAGCAACGGUGGCAGUAACAACAGUAGUGCCGAUUCAAUACUUCCAGGGCCCUCGAAAUCAGCUACCAAUAACAGUAUCAAUAGUAUUCAAUCGAAUGACUCCGGUAGUCGUAGACAUUCAGCGGAGAUACUGCUCAAUAACUCAAAUAAUAAAGAAAACUGCAAUCACAAUAAAGAACUCACGAAAGACCUGGAAAUCGGUGUAAAUGUUGUAAAUGGUGGAGUGAUUGGUCCAAAUAAUGGCGGAGGAGUUGGAAGUCGCCACGAUGCAAAAAGUCCUGUCCGGAAACGGGACGAAGGUGUUCUCAUAACCCCCAGCUCCAGUACGAGUCCACUCAGUGAAAUAAACAGUCCAGUAACACCGAAAACAUCCGCAGAACUGCCAACGCCAAGAACAUUAUCUACUGCAAGGGAUCCUCAACCGCUCGCAGGACUUCCAAAUGCAAUAGGUUCACUGUCAAUAGAUCCGCCCAACAUGCGAACACCACAGCCAAAUGGCAAUAUUCCAAAUCUGCACAGCAACAUGGCGUCAAGUAUCAUUAACACCAAUAACAGCAACAACGGAAAUAGCACAAACGUAGUCAGCGGUAGUGCAAAUUUUACAAACUCGACUAGUUCUAGUUCUAACAGUACCAGUAACGGAAUUUUGUUGAAUGGUAUUGGGUCUAAUAGUAACAGUACUAGUAAUACAUGUCACAGUACUUCGCCCACACAUGGCGUUAGCAGUAACAACAAUGGUUCGCCAAGAGACAGCGGAAACACGAAUGGUAUUUCAUUACAAUCCGACCAAGUGCCUCCGUUCAUGCCCUCUGCAAGCAACCUGACGAAUGGCAAUACUCGUGUAGCACCAGAAAGUUCAUCAGAAUCAACCAACACGCCAGGCAGAUCACAUCCUCAACCUCAACAGCCUUCAUCUGCAACAAGCAGUAAUGAGGGUAGUCGGGAGUCGUCAGCACAACGAACACGUCGUUCCUCUCGCAAUGCAGAGGAGCCUUCUUCGCGUAGACGCUCCUCCCGAACCGCUCGACCACCUCUUAUAAUGCCGCCGCCACCACAGACACGUGGUAGUGCACCAGUGGUACGACCCACCGUGGAUUUGCCCGCUGGAUAUGAAAUGCGAACUACUCAGCAGGGACAGGUAUACUUUUAUCAUAUACCGACCAAAAUUUCUACCUGGCACGAUCCACGAAUACCGCGAGAUUUCGACACACAGAAUAUUGCCCCGGAAACCUUAGGUCCACUGCCGCACGGCUGGGAGCAGCGGAAGACUGCCUCCGGCAGAGUUUAUUUUGUGGAUCACAACAAUCGAACCACUCAGUUUACCGAUCCUCGCCUAAACGGGCUGCAUAUGAUGCAAAUUUUACAUAUAAUGCGAAAGCAGUCUCAGCCAACCCAACAAACACCGCCAGCUGCUGGAGGUUCCGGUUCGAAUGGGUGCUCAACAACAUCAGCUACAGCUGCCCAUAGCUCUCUUUCCGGUGCAGGACCGCAGGUAUCAAAUGGAUCUACGGUUGCUUCAGGCGCAGGCAGCUCUCGACUAAUGACAGGUCCUGAAGCAGGUCCAGCUGGUAGUAAUGGUCUAUCAAUGGACCCAAUGCCUAAUCGGACACCACCCAGCAACUUCGCUGAUCUACCGCAAGGUUUGCUGGACGGUGCUGAACUACUGCCCAAAUAUAGGCGGGAUCUGCUGGGCAAGAUAAGGGCACUACGCGCCGAGUUGCAAACGCUGCAACCUCAAUCGGGUCAUUGUCGGUUGGAGGUGUCUCGACAAGAAAUUUUUGAGGAGAGCUACAGACUGAUCAUGAAGAUGCGACCACGGGACAUGCGAAAGCGGCUUAUGGUAAAGUUUAGAGGUGAAGAAGGUUUGGAUUAUGGCGGUGUGGCCCGAGAGUGGUUACAUCUACUGUCACGAGAAAUGUUGAAUCCACAGUAUGGAUUGUUUCAGUAUAGCGGGGACGACCGGUACUCGUUGCAAAUUAAUCAAGCUUCAGGAGUGAAUCCGGAUCAUCUGUCGUAUUUCCACUUUGUGGGACGAAUACUUGGUAUUGCGGUGUUUCACAAUCACGUACUAGAUGGAGGAUUUACACUGCCUUUUUAUAAGCAGCUACUGAACAAACCUAUAACGUUGAACGAUAUUGAAGAUGUCGACCCGGAACUACACCGAAGUUUGACUUGGAUGCUAGAAAAUAACAUUACCGGGGUAUUAGAACCAACGUUCAGUGUUGAAAACAACAGUUUUGGAGCUGUGGUGGUACACGAAUUAAAACCAAAUGGUGCAUCGUUGCAAGUUAACGAGGAAAACAAACGCGAGUACGUGAAACUUUACGUAAAUUACCGAUUCAUGCGUGGAAUAGAGCAGCAAUUCUUAGCUUUAUCUAAAGGUUUUGUAGAACUUAUACCAAGUCAGCUGCUACGGCCAUUUAACGAGCGAGAAUUGGAAUUGGUAAUCGGAGGAAUCAGUAAAAUUGAUGUCAACGAUUGGAAGGCUAACACGCGAUUGAAACAGUGCACUCCGGAAACUCCUCAGAUUAUAUGGUUUUGGCAGAUUGUGGAGUCUUAUUCACCGGAGAUGCGUGCCCAGUUGCUACAAUUCGUAACUGGGUCUUGCCGAGUUCCGUUGCAAGGUUUCCGGGAUUUGCAAGGGUCUACUGGUGCUGUUGGCCCACGGUUGUUUACGAUUCAUCUUACGGCAGAUGCGCCGCUUCAAAAUCUUCCAAAAGCGCAUACUUGUUUCAACAGGAUCGAUCUUCCGAUGUACGAUUCAUACCAAUUAAUGUACGAUAAACUAACGCAGGCCGUCGAGGAAACAUGCGGGUUUGCUGUAGAAUAAAACAGCGGAUUCGCUGCAAGAGAAGUGUGCAUGCAAUGAUUUUUACGUUCCAAAGUUAUUAAAAAUAAAUCAUGCAGGUGGCUCCUAGUAGCGAAUGACGUAGUUUGAUAUGUUUAUAAUCAAAAUUAGAAACACAACAAGAGCAAAUUUUUCCUCUUUCGGUAAUGUUCAAGAGGUAUUAAUGAGUUCUCUCAAAGUUUACGAUACAGUGGAAAGAUCUUCGACUAGAUCUGAACAAAGAUCCACUCGAAUUGCCAUCCGUUUAAAACAGUAUCAUUUUGGUCAUAAUUCUGAUAAAGUCAAUCUUAGCAAAAAGUGUUCCCAAGAGCCGUAUAAUUUGAUUUCGUGUUUUGAACAGAUAUAUAAUUUUCUGGAAAUGAAAUCAAAACAUUUGCAGUGAUUAUAGGUAGGUAACUCAAUUUAUAGCCGUUAUUAAUCAUCGUUACAGAGUUCGGAUACAUAUUAGCUCAAAAUAAAGUAAAGGUAAUUUGCCACAAAUCAAAUAAAAUUGCGAAUAACGAUAACACUUCCAUGAACUUUUGAUAAAGACUUUUAAACUCAAGUUCGGCAAAAGUUUGCACCCGUUUGGAACAUAUUUUCCUAUGGAUUUUUAGAGAGAAAAUCGGUUUAUCGGUACGAGUGAUAUUUAGCGACUUUUAAAUCUUAUAUCGAAACGAAAAAUACGGUAAAUGCUGAGAUUAUUAUCCCUUUAAUAGAUAUAAAUAAUAUCAAUCCGGUGUUUCGAAGAUGUUUUCAAUGUAGAUUUUUACCACUUAGGUAAAAGGAAAACCAAUAUUUAUUGAAGAGAAAAUGAAUAUAAAAAUAACUUUCAAUUCAAACGAUUACAAAAUAACCGAAAAAAAGGUUAAGUGAUGCAGCGAUAUUCUAUUAGAUUUGUUGAUUAGCACUAAAUAAAAAGGGAUGAGCCAUUGAAACUGGUUGGUAAUUGCGUUGCGCAGAAAACUCACGUUCUUAGUUGUGAACUGUCAAUUUUGAAAUAAGAUCCAAAUGACCCAUUUGUACAUAUACCUAUAAACAGUAGAAUUAAUUAAUUACUUCGAACAGUUAACGCAAAUGCUGUGUUGAAAAUAUUAUAUAUCAUAGGCCGGUAGUUGCUCCCAGCUGUAAUCGAAUAUGUAACAUUGUUCACAUCUUCCCAUCCCAUUAGAUAGAUAGAGCUAUAAUACCGUGAGGGGCAUAACAAAUUUUUAUUUCACCCGUGGUAGUUGUUUUCGUUAUACUAAAUCGUAACUUACUACGGACGAAAUGGGCGCAACCAGGUAGACCGGUUUGGUUUUUUUUCCAGGUGAGGACAUGUGUUUUAAAGAUUAUGCUGGAACGAGAAUUUUCGUCCACUGUUUGCCGCUGUCAUUAACGGAUAUAAUCAGAUCACAGAUAGCUGUAACUUUAAUUAUCAUAUUUGUUCUGUUUGGUCAAACACAGAGCAUGUCCGUUGGGGUGUAGAAUUGGCAUUUCAACAUUGACUUGGACAUAACAGAACAGAUAUACGAUUAAGAUUACAGUGUGUGUGUUUAGAAAUCGAAUAGGAUUCAGCGCAUGUGCGAAGGUUAUGUUAGUGAACAUGUAAUCGAUAGACUUAAGGAAAAACAACGUAUAUAUAUUAUUGUAAAUUAUACAAAAACAUUUUAUACAGUUA